GCGCGGGCGGGCAGUGGCGGUUGGGCGGGUGGCCGCAGCGGGGUCUCGGGGCUGGCGGCUCGAGGCUCGCGGCCAUGGAGUGGGGCUCGCACUCUGCGGCCGUGAGACGGCUCCGCGUCGGAGGGGAGCGCCGAGGGAUCCCCGCUGCCCCAGGGCAGGAGGAGCGGGAGGCCUCGGAGCAGGGGCCGCUCGUCGGGGCGAGCGCCCGGGACUGGGCGCGGAAGGGGAGCGACGGCGGCCGGGCCGCGGGUUCCGGGCUGUCGGAGGCGCGCGCCGGGCUCGCGCUCCUUCUCUACCUGCUCGGGCUCCGGCUGCUCGUGCAGCUCUCCCUGCGGCAGCUCGUGUUGCCCGGCUCCUCGGGGCCCCGCCCGGAGUUCAGCGCUCUCCGAGCCCGGAAUUAUCUUGAACAUAUAACUUCUAUUGGUCCCAGAACUACAGGAAGCCUAGAAAAUGAAGUUCUCACAGUUAACUACCUCUUGGAGCAGAUUAAACUGAUCAAAGCUGAAAGCAGCAGCAUUCACAAGAUUUCAGUAGAUGUGCAACGACCAACAGGGUCCUUCAGCAUUGACUUCUUAGGAGGAUUUACUAGCUAUUAUGAUAACAUAACCAAUGUUGUAGUAAAGCUGGAACCUAGCAGUGGAGCACAGCAUGCAGUACUGUCCAAUUGUCAUUUUGACUCAGUAGCAAAUUCUCCAGGUGCCAGUGAUGAUGCAGUUAGCUGUUCAGUGAUGCUCGAAAUCUUACGAGUUUUGUCAACAUCGUCAGAAGCCUUACAACAUGCUCUCAUAUUCCUCUUUAAUGGAGCUGAAGAAAAUGUCUUGCAAGCCAGUCAUGGCUUCAUUACCCAGCACCCCUGGGCUAACUUGAUUCGAGCAUUUAUUAACCUGGAAGCAGCUGGUGUUGGAGGAAAAGAGCUUGUAUUCCAGACAGGUCCUGAAAAUCCUUGGUUGGUCCAAGCAUAUGUUUUAGCAGCAAAGCAUCCUUUUGCCUCAGUGGUAGCUCAGGAGGUUUUUCAAAGUGGAAUUAUUCCUUCAGAUACAGACUUUCGUAUCUACAGAGAUUUUGGCAGCAUUCCAGGAAUAGAUUUGGCUUUUAUCGAGAAUGGCUAUAUUUACCAUACCAGGUAUGAUACAUCAGACAGAAUUCUCACUGAUUCGAUUCAGAGAGCAGGUGACAACAUUUUGGCUGUGCUUAAAUAUUUAGCUACAUCUGAUAGCCUGGCUUCUUCCUUUGAGUAUCGACAUGGAAACAUGGUCUUUUUUGAUGUGCUUGGCUUGUUUGUCAUAGCCUAUCCAGCUCGUGUUGGCUCAGUAAUUAACUACAUGGUGGUAGUAGCUGUUGUCCUAUAUUUGGGCAAAAAAUUCUUGAAGCCCAAACAGAAGGCUGCUAACUACACAAAGGAUUUCUUCUGUGGGCUUGGCAUCACACUGAUAAGUUGGUUUACCAGCUUAGUUACUGUUCUUAUUAUAGCAGUGUUUAUUUCUCUUAUUGGACAGUCUCUUUCAUGGUAUAACCACUUUUAUGUCUCAGUCUGUCUAUAUGGGACUGCAGCUGUGGCUAAGAUAACACUUGUGCAUACACUUGCAAAAAGAUUCUAUUAUGUGCAUACAAGUGAACAAUACCUGGGAGAGGUGUUUUUUGACAUCUCGCUGUUCGUGCAUUGUGGCUCUCUUCUUCUGCUCACCUCCCAAGGACUGUGUUCUGCAUUUAUUAGUGCUAUCUGGGUGGUGUUUCCUUUGCUCACGAAGCUGCUUGUCAAUAAGGAUUUCAAGCAAAAUGGUGCUAAAGGAAGAUUUAUCAUGAUUUACCUUCUGGGCAUGUUUGUCCCAUAUCUUUAUGCACUGUACCUUAUUUGGGCAGUGUUUGAAAUGUUUACACCUAUCUUAGGAAGAAGUGGUUCAGAAAUCCCACCUGAUGUUGUGUUGGCUUCCAUUCUGGCUCUCUGUGCAAUGAUUUUGUCUUCCUAUUUUAUUACCUUCAUUUAUCUUGCCAAAAACACAAAGGUGACGAUAUUUGCUCUGGCUUCAGUAUGUGCAAUUACAUUCCUUCUUGUUUGCAGUGGUAUCUUCUUUCCAUAUAGUGCUGAUCCUGCUAAUCCAAAGCCCAAGAGAGUCUUUCUUCAGCAUAUAACUAGAACAUUUCAUGGCUUGGAUGGAAUUGUAGUGAAGAGAGACUCUGGAAUAUGGAUUAAUGGGUUUGAUUACACUGGAAUGUCUCACAUCACUCCUUACAUUCCUGAGAUCAAUGACACCAUCAGAGCCCCCUGUGAGGAGGCAGCUCCCCUCUGUGGUUUCCCUUGGUAUCUUCCAGUGCAUUUUCUAAUCAGGAAAAACUGGUAUCUUCCUGCACCGGAAGUUUCUCCCAGAAACCCUACUCACUUUAGGCUUAUAUCCAAAGAGCAAACACCCUGGGAGUCUACAAAGUUAACCUUUGAAGUAACAGGUCCUAGUCACAUGUCAUUCUAUGUCCGAACACAUGAAGGGUCAACACUUUCCCGAUGGUCUCUUGGCAAUGGUAUACCAAUUACCAGUAAAGGAGGAGAUUAUUUUGUAUUUUAUUCUCAUGGACUACAGGCUUCUCCCUGGCAAUUCUGGAUAGAUGUGCAGGUCUCAGAAGAACAUCCUGAAGGAAUGGUGACUGUGGCCAUAGCUGCCCACUACUUUUCUGGAGAGGACAAGAUGUCUCCCCAGCUGGUUACCUUGAAGGAUAGGCUCCCAGAUUGGACAUUUCCUUCUGGAUGGGUUUGCACCUACGACCUAUAUGUAUUUUAAUCUUCUCUGUCAGGUUGUAGGAACAUGGCUUGUGCCAUACUCCAUUCCUGUGCAACCUGGAAUAUAACCUGAGGAAGAUAGUUGGCCAAAUUCAGCAGUUAUUAUUAGAUGCUCUCUGUUGCUUUCAAGUGUGGUAUGGAAGCUGAACUUCUUAAAAACUGGGGGGAAAGCCCCUCUUGACAACUAAUAGUUUUGCUCUUUCUUGCUUCAGCUAGGAGAGAGGCUGGGAAAAAGCUUCAAGAAGCAGAACUAGAUGGUAUGUUGGGGUGUGGCCUUUCUGAUUCUUGAAAAUACCAGGGAGUGAAGCCCACAUGGAUAUUGUCAUUUGCAAGGGUGUCUCAUUUUAUGUAACCUUUAAAAAAAAAAAGGGAAAAAACACUAUAAACUUUCCCUUUAGGAUAAUGAAUUAAGUGAUGUCGAAUUAGUGUUAUGGAGAGAAAAAGCAUUUCUGAUUUAAAGCUGUAGAGCAUUUUUGUGUUGUUCAGUGGGUAGAACAACAUAUGAAGUGGUGAUUCUAACUAGAACUGAGCUGUGUAGGAGAUAAUACGCUUGUGUGAAGGUUUGAAACUGAACAGAUGAUCUCUCAAAGUCUCUUUCCAGCUCUAACAAACUAAUUCUUAAAGGAACUGAAGAGUGCUCAUGCAUUACUGCACUUGGAAUAUUCACCAAUGUUGGGAAUUGCUGUAGUGUCUUGGAUCACCAUUGCACGUCUUGGCCUUGGUGUUUUCAAUGCCUUAUAUUCUAGAAAUCUGUGUACUUGCUCUUGAAUAUACCACUUAAGGGAGUGGAGAAGCCAGAUUUUCCCUUGGGUUCUUGUAGGUCUUUCUUUUCACACUACUGUUAGUACUGGGUCCAGACAAAGAUAGAUGCAAGACGAUGACUUCCUGCAUCAGAGCACUGAGCUGCCCCUUCGGCCUUUUUUUUUUUUAAUGUGGUUGAAUAUUUUAUAAAUAUUUAUUCUGAUUUCUUUAUUAUUUAGGAUUCAUUAUUUUUCUGGGUUUUUGCAUCUUUUAGAUGUUUAUGCAGAAGACACUGCACUGGGUUCAUGUCACCUUCUGUUGUAUGAUUAGUUCUAUAAACCUGUUUCUUUAUUGUCUACCAUGACUAGUUUUCCUUGAGUUUGAAGAUGUCUUUUAGUGAGAUUGUACACCUGAACAUACUAUGAAAAUGUGAUAGUGCCUAAGAAUUUGAUAUUUGGUUUGUGAUGUGCUUUUUCAUUUUGAAAAUUUUUUUAUACAGCUUGUAGGUAGCUCUCCAGCGGUAGAAAUGCCUUGGUGUGUAUUGAGUCCCUAUAGCAGACAGAUUUAAGCAGAUGGCUAGUAAACUCUACUAGAUUUUCCUUAAUUAAAAAUAAAAAAGAGGGCACACAGACAUACUUGUUGAGCUUCAACAAGUACACAGUACUACAAACUAAAAAUUCAUUUGUUUUAUGAAGAUAAAGUAGAUGAGGCCCCUUGAUUAGAGAUGAAAAACUAUAAAUGUCUACCUCUCUGAAAUGAGCACAUCGCAUUGAAGUGGGAGUAAGGUGGAGAGAAAAGGUGGUCAAUUUUCACAAGCUGGGGACCACAGAAUAGGAUAGUUUGCUUAAACCUUCUCUGUAAGUUGCCUACCUGAUUUGUGACUCAUUCAAACUGAAGUGAGUCCUAUAGACAGUAGACACCUGAAUGCUAGGUGCCACAAGGCCUGGCUUGUUGCAGCAUUCCUUUCUGGAGGCGUAGCUAUUUCUGAGACACCAUACUUUCCAUUCACAACCCACUUCAAAGGGCUGCAGAGUCUGUGUCUAGCUACUACCAGGCCUUUUGAUGAUAGUUCAUUUCUGAUUUUGUGCUGCUGAAGUUUGAGGUAUUUGGGAACAGCUGUUGGAAAUAAUUCUAUUGCAUAGUUAUGAAAGUGAGAUAAAAAGAAGAGACUCUCUAGAAAUUGCUAAAUAGGUGCAGAUUUUCUGUUCUUGUGCUUAACCUGAAAUCUGAAAUAAAUGAUUAGAUGUAUUAUAGGAAUAGAUAUAACUGUCCUAGAAAGCAAAACAAUAUUCCUCCUAUAAGUUUUUCCUGGAUGAGGAGGGAUGCUGCUACUCACUUUUGAUGGUAAUCAUGAUUUUCUUCUUUACUUUUUGGAAUAUUUGUCCUUCUAAAAAAUUCUAAAAAAAGUCUUCAUUUAAUUGGGUUGAUCAUUAUGAAGUUUAGCUGACACAGGAGUUGGGCUUUCCAGGUGGUUAGUACAGAGGUACCCAUUAGUCUGUUAGAAUGUUAAUGCAAAGAUUCCCUUUAUGCGUUAUAUGCCAGAAACGUUCAAAUAAAUUAAACAUUCAGAGCUAUUUAAUAAUAAGCACAUUGAGCUGUUCUUGUCAGAUCAGUGGCAUCUGGAAUAAAUGAACUCAUUCAUAUUUUUUUAGAGCCUCUGACAAGAUCAUUUCACUGACUCAUUUUGAAAAAGGUCUUUUAAAAUCAUAACAAAUGCUCUAUUUUACACAGCACUUUAGCUGUAAGUAGCACAAUGUUUGGGAAAAAGUGUGAGGAAGGAUGACUUAGUUAUUUCUGAAUUUUACAUUGUGCCUCUGACUUUAAGAAUGAUUGUCACAUGCAGUUUCCUGUUGUCACAGUUUAA